UCCAGUACACCUCGACAAUGAUUGCCAGCGGUCUCACUCCAAAAAACAAAAUGGUGGACGCAGUGAAGYUGUUUUGCACGUAUUUUAACGGACGAUUAUCAUCGUUCUUUUUGGAGUAUUUGCCAUGACGAGCUUCAGGUCAAUAGUUCGGUGUCAGUAUUCUUUCUUGUCUUAUAGUAAGACACGAAUAUUUACUCGAAGUCUGAAAGACCUCAAGAAAUGGUUCAGCACGUCGUCCACUUUAUUAUCUGAUAAUGAUAAAUUUGAUUUGUCGAGUUUCCCGCCAGAAAGAAUCAGAAAUUUCAGCAUUGUUGCUCAUGUUGACCAUGGUAAAAGCACACUUGCUGACAGAAUAUUAGAAAUAACAGGUACUAUAACAAAGAGUAGUGAUAAUAAGCAAGUUUUAGACAAGCUGCAAGUAGAGAGAGAAAGAGGAAUAACAGUAAAGGCACAGACUGCAUCACUGUUUUAUGAAUACAAAGGACAAAAGUAUCUUCUAAAUCUUAUUGAUACACCAGGCCAUGUUGACUUUAGCUAUGAAGUAUCAAGAUCUCUUGYGGCAUGUCAAGGUGUAAUACUUCUAGUUGAUGCUUCUCAGGGUGUUCAAGCUCAAACUGUAUCUAACUUUUUUCUUGCGACUGCCACUAACCUUGCUGUCAUACCAGUUCUCAAUAAGAUUGAUUUGAAAAGUGCAAAUCCUCAAGAAGCUUCCAGUCAAAUGGAAAAACUUUUUGRAAUUGACCCUGAUGACAUUUUGAAGUUGUCUGCAAAGGAGGGGAUUGGUGUUGAUGAGUUACUAACAAAUAUCAUUGACAAGCUGCCAUGUCCAAAGUGURACCUUCAUCAGCCUAUGUCAGCACUUCUAUUUGAUUCCUGGUAUGACCAAUAUAGGGGAGUGAUUUGUCUUGUUGCUCUACUCAAUGGAUCCCUCAAGAAAGGUGACAAAGUCAAGUCCAUCCAUUCUGGACAAACUUAUGAAGUAUCUGAUAUUGGUAUUAUGUAUCCUAAUGAAUACUCCACAGAUGCACUGUAUGCUGGUCAGGUUGGUUACAUAGUAACGGGAAUGAGAAACAGAAAAGAUGCACAAAUUGGGGAUACAUUUUGUCAUGUGACCUGUGAUGUUGAACAGUUCCCUGGGUUUAAACCAGCUAUGCCAAUGGUAUUUGCAGGUGUUUACCCUGUUGACAUGUCACAGUACAUUACAUUAAGAAAUGCUAUAGAAAAACUAACUCUUAAUGAUUCAAGUGUAACAAUUCACCCUGAUAGCUGUGUUGCACUUGGUCAAGGAUGGAGGCUUGGAUUCCUUGGUUUCUUACACAUGGAUGUUUUUAAACAGCGUCUUGAGCAGGAAUAUGACACAAGUGUUAUAAUAACAACACCUAGUGUUCCUUAUAAAGCCAUCCUUAAAGGCCAGGAUAGGAAAGAAGUAGAAAUUCUGAACCCUUUAGAGCUACCUGGUCCAUCCCAAGUUGAAGAAUAUCUUGAGCCUUAUGUGCUGGGAACAAUAAUCUUUCCUCAGGAAUUCAUGGGSAAAAUGAUUACAUUGUGUCAGAACAGACGAGGUGAACAGGAUGAUGUUGUGUACAUUGAUGAGAACCGUGUCAUGAUGAAAUAUCUUCUACCUUUAAGUGAAGUCAUUAUUGACUUCUAUGAUGAACUCAAGUCUCUGUCUUCUGGAUAUGCAAGCUUUGACUAUGAAGAGUAUGGUUACCUAAAGACAGACAUUCACAGGAUGGAUAUUCUGAUUAAUGGGAACCCUGUUGAUGCACUAAGCUGCAUUGUYCAUAAGGAUAAGUCAUUAUUAAAAGCAAGAAGUCUUUGUACAAGUUUGCGUGAUAUCAUACCAAGACAAUUGUUUGAGGUUGCCAUACAAGCUUCAAUUAGAGGGAAGAUUAUAGCUCGAGAAUCAAUACGUCCUUUAAGAAAAGAUGUUACCGCCAAAUGUUAUGGUGGAGACAUGACUCGCAAGAGAAAACUGCUAGAAAGACAAAAGGAAGGCAAGAAAAGAAUGAAAAGAAUAGGGAAGGUAGACUUACCUCAUGAAGCAUUCCUGUCGCUCAUGAAACGAUGAUAUGAAUACCAUSUAUAAAUGUACAAUAUAGGGGACUAUAGCACGCGAUACUAAUUAAAAUUAUUAAUUUUUUGAGGGAGUAAAACUGAUUAUUCUAUUUUUUCUGACACCAUCUGAUAUCAAAAGUAAUCAAAAGUCUAUCGGAGGUGUUAAUACGGCUGCAGCCAUUCAAGGAAAAUUGAAAUUCAAACUACAUCAGAAAUGUGAUCCGGUUAUUUUMCUCUUGUUGGUGGCGCAAAAAGCUAAAAAUAUGAAAGAAAGUGAAARAAAAGGCAAGAAAUAUGAGAAAGUUUGAAAAAUGUAAUUUACUUUCUUGUUUGUUAUGUCUYAUGAAAUUACAACCAUCGUUUACACCGAAGAAGGCAAUGAAGUUCCAGGAACACCUUUACUAUACUAUUUAUGCGUCUUAGUCUUUCUAAAGAUCCUGUCAAACCUGCUACUAUGUCCUUAMAAGCCCGCUCGGCUGAAAUGAAUUUAGAAGAGUUUAACACAAAAUCCGUACGCCUUUUUAAAACGCAAACGGUGUGGAACGAAAGUGAUAAGUGGCAUYACCUUUUAACAAAAGCCCAGCGCAUCAAUUUACAACUAAARGGUGGCGGCGGAGGUAAUAUAUUUUUGUCUAGUUACCACUCAGCAGGUUUUAACAAGUUUUUCAAACUUUCUGAAGAGGAAUAAUUGUUUUACAUAGUCUUCGGUGGCUUUUAAUUUAUUGAGCGCACAACAGGAAAUGUAAAGAGUCCUUGGCCAGCUGCUAACACCUUUUUUACAAAUGAUACUGUUGUUACGCUCUUUGUCAUCAGCAUUUUUUUGUGUUUUCUUGUGUUGAUAAAAUAUACACGAUUCGUGAUGUAUUUUCUCGCUAGUUUAUGACCAAAAACUUUUUCAAACUGUUCCAUUUAAAGUCAGUUAUAUUUCAAUGAAAAAAACGAUGUGAAAUUCUGAAAAAAAUGGGAAAAACAGAAAGUAAAAUGAAGUAGACAAGAUUGAAUUAAAAUUUGUUAAAUUUUUGAAAGGGUUAAACUCUGUUAAUCUGAAAUAUGCUACAUUAAACAAGUUUCUGCGAUACAGAUAAAAUAUUGCCUUUAAGCCGUUCAACACCUAUCAAUUGUGAUUGUAUAUCUUUACUGUACGAUUUGUUUAUGUAAAUAUUUGUAGUACGGGCACGUUUCAAGUACUGUUUGUAAAGCCAGAUGUUUUUGUCCAAAGACUUUUAACUACA